GUAGUUCUCUCUGUCUCUCUGAUGAUUUUACUUUUGCUAUUGUUUCUAUUUCAUUAUUCAAUUAAAAUAAUUUCAUUAUCUUUUUGAAAAGUCUUUUUAAAUUAGUAUUUAUUAAUUAAUAAUAAUAAAUCUUUUUAUUUGAAUCUCUACGCUAUUCUUCAUUUCAAAGGCCUUUUAAAUGAGAAUAAUUUUAUAACCUAAGAAUACAAAUAAAGUGAAUCAUGUUGUUUAAGGCAUUAAUACGUACAGAAAUAAAAUUAUGUACGAAAUUGUUUACUAAAGGUUUUAGUAGUAAACCGUCUUGGGAUAUUGCUACAGGAGUGUGCAUUGAAAGGGUACCAGUCGUCACACCGCCACUCAAUGAAAUGCAAAAAAAAUAUAAAGAUAUGUUGUAUACUUUAGAAACUGAGAAAAGUUUGAAGUCAGAUCAUGAACUUAGACAUGAAAAUGAUAAGAUUCAGGCAGAACUUCUUAAGAAUGAAUCUGCUGAUGUUGACUUGGACACUAUUAGCAAAAUUACUGCUCAGGACUUUGAAGAUGCAGCUAAUGAAGAAUUAGCUAAAUUCAAAUUUGCAGCUAUUGAAACAGAAGCUGAUAAAAAAGGAGAUAAGCAUACUCCAGAUAGAUGUCUACAGAGACAUUUAGUACUGGUCACUGAUGUUCAGCUGGGCAAAGAAAAGAAAAAAUUGCUACCACAAGGUUUAUGGAAGGAAGGUGAAACACUGCGACAAACAGCUGAAAGAAUAUUAUUAGAACAGUGUGGACCAGAAUUGAAAGUACAAUUUUUAUCAAAUGCACCAUGCGGAUUUUACAAAUACAAAUAUCCCUCAGAAAUUAAUGGAAAAGUUGGUAGUAAGGUGUUCUUCUAUUACGCUUAUUACAAGAGCGGGAACGUCAAAAAUGCUGUGAAAGCUAAUUGGCUGACGAGAAAUGAAUUGACAGAUGUGUUGCCAGAUAGAUACAGAAAAUCUGUUCACGAAUUUUUAAUUGAAGAAAUGUAUUAGUUAUUUAUAUUCGAAUAAUAAAUUAGUUACCUGAAUA